CUAUAAUGUUCAGUCCUCUCCCCUCGGAUACAAUGCUCCCUCCUCCCACUUCGACCUAUGUAUAAUGCUCAAUCCUCUCCCCUCGGAUACAAUGCUCCCUCCUCCAACCUCAACCUAUAAUGUUCAGUCCUCUCCCCUCGGAUACAAUGCUCUCUGUCGACCAGUUUGGGACACACCACCAGCCUCUGUAAUGAUAUAUUAUGGGGAGAAUUUAGGUGGAGGCUCCACAAACACAGAAUUUUCC